AGAAAAAUGGGCGAAAAUUGAAGAAUGAGCAACGAUACUUUUCAGGACUUCUGUCAGGCCUGGACCUCCAGGUUUCCAAACAGUGAACUGCCUGAGGCCUGGGAGGAAGAUGUCAGACAGAACCUCGCUAAACAUAGGGGACGGGUUCUACAGCUUCGGGAAGAGCUGGAAAAGGAGGAGAUGUAUGUUCUCUAUUUAGAUAAACUACUCACUGAUAUUGAAGUACACAGGGCCAAAGGUGCAAAUAAAGAAGUUAAGGAGAUUGAAACAAAAACAAAUGGAACUGUUGAUCCUGAACCUGAACUUGAUGUUGAACCUGCAAAGAAAGUUGAAGACUAUGACAAUGAUUCAAUGGAUUGCGAUGAGAAGGAAGGAGAUAAACAGAAAUUUUUAGAUGAUCAAUGUUUGCGGCAUUCUCUUGCUAAUCUGCGCUCCUCCCUCCAUCUUGAUUUGGAAAGCGUGGAAGAGGAUUUGAAGAAAUCCGGUAAAAAUCCUUUUGUAACAGUGAUUAAUGUCAAGUCCCCAGACGGUCAAGCCAAAAAGUCUAGUCAAGAGCUUCACAGCGAACCAACAAAAUUUAAAUUUGACGGAGGAAAUUCUAAAAAAAUGGGACCCAAGACCUCCACAAAACCAGAAUAUAGAAGAGAGAGCCAGGAAUCUCUAAAUUCUAUAUCUAGUCCUCUAUCCCCGACAUCUCCAAUUGACAGUAUUAUCUUGGAGAACCUGUUAUCUCCUCGUGAAGCCCCGGCCUCUCCCCGUGAACACGCUCUGUUCGAUGGUUCGGAUUCCUCCCUGGAUCCCUCUCCAACCAAUACUAGAACUAAACCAGAUCCCCCGGAGAGAACAGUUUCAGUUCAAAAUGAGAAUGUUGAGAGUAAAUCCAACUCGUCCUGCGAGGACCUUCACUCUUUCCAGUCCCGAGGACGACCGGACGGUGGGGAAAUGGACGAAGUAUCGCCUAGUCCUCCAACCUCUGUCCCCGUCCUCUCAAGUUUCACGUCCUCCAAGGUAAAGGACCUCAAGUCUACCUGGGAUAAGCCACCUAUCGCCGCUAAACCGGAAAUGCGAAGAGAAUCUAACCAAUUCUUCACAGAUGCCCGGCAUGAGACAAAUUCUCAAAAUGAAGGAGAAAGAGAAUCCGUUCCUACAGGAAGUGAAAGUCGACGUGAGUCUACAAGUUCCAUAAGUAGAUUAAAAAUACCUUCAAAUGACACAGGAGAGAAGCGGGGAUCAGGAGAGAGAAGGGGAUCAGAAGAGAGAAGGGGAUCAGGAGAGAAGGUGGGAACAGGAGAGAGAAGGGGAUCAGAUCAAUUUCUAACCAGAAAUGAUUCUUCAAGAUCUGAGGAGCUAACGCCACCUUUAAUAAGAAGAGGAGGAAAUAAAUCGAGAAAGGAUUCUGACAGCAGCCGGGGUAGAAUGGGCAGCCCUAGCGGGAAGAGCCAUGACAGCAGUGACAGCGAUUCUUGGGGCAGGCGACAGCAGUUGAUCAGCCCAGGACACAGUCUUACAAGGGAGGGUAGGAACUCUACGAAUGGUGGGACGACUUAUGUGACGACUGAUGCAGUUGAGAGUCCUGGACAGAAAAGACGAAUAUCUGGAGAGACGAGACUGGAUCGGUUAGUUCGGAAACCGUCUGGAGAGAGAGUUCUCCGAGAAAGAAUCUCCGAACCCAGACUAAAACCCGACCCUCGACCAUCCACCCUUGAACGUAAUGUUGAAACCCGAACCCUGAGUUUAGAGAACAGACAAGGAGCUCCUCCUCUCCCUAAACCUAGGAAAAUCACCAGAAAACCAAGAACAGGAGAGAAAAAGGAGGUGAAUGAGCCGCUGUAUGAUCAAGUGUGUGCUGAGGAUGAGGAUGAGGAGGUUGAAGAUGAAUAUGACAACCAUCUGCUUUAUCAAACAUCAAAACCAGAUCUGAGUGAAGAUGAACUACAAAGUUUAAAAUCCUCCAAGUCUGACUCCAAAUCCAGCCUUGACGGUCAAUCUGUCCAAACCGGUUUCAGAACCAGUUCCGAGGAGAAAACCGGUUCUGGGCCAGGUAGCCUGGGCCCUGAGACUGGACAGGAGAGAUUGAAAAUGCUGACACAUAUACUGACAAGUAUCCUGGACUCGGAAGCUAUCUAUCUAGAAUUGAUCGAUGGAAUGGUGGAUAGGAUUGGUCAUCAUUUUAAAAUGUUGGCUCAACAAACCAGGAUAUACGCCCAGUUUAUCAGUAACUAUCCUAAGGCCCUGGAUACCCUGCAUAGAUGUUCUCAAACCUAUCAACAGUUCGCUGAUCUGACAGGAUCCAUCAAACUCAGAACUCUUAAAGGUCAGCAGCAGGGGCAGAGUGUGUCUUUAGAGGAUUUACUGCAUAAACCGGUUGCUAGGGUUCAGAAGAACUGCAUGUCUUUACAGGAUUUAUUAAAGCAUAUUCCUUCACAAAGUAGUGAUUUUACAACUCUAACAGAAUCUCUUCAAUUAAUUCAAUCCUUCCUUAAUGAAUACAACAUAGAACACAGGGGAGAAUUGUAUCCUCACCAGGAGCGCUCAAGCAGACAUCUUGUCAAGAAUUCAUUCAUAGUGGAACUUGCAGAGGGAUCCAGGAAACUACGUCAUUUGUUCCUUUUUAAUGAUGUUCUUGUGUGUGCAAAGUACAAGACAGGAAACAAAGGAGAAAAAUUUACUUUUCAACUCAAGUGGUAUAUUCCACUUUCAGAGGGAAGGAGUGGGAUUUGGGGGAAGCUUACGGAAUACCACUAUUUUAUGGUUUUCAUUGUUUUUAUGCUUUGUUAUAUGGUAUACUAUUUGAAGCUUGUUAACGUCUUAAACAAAACAAAAACUGAAAAAGAUUCAGAAAUCUUCAUAAAAUGGAAAAAUCUGUUACUGUUUUAUAAUAGAAGAGUAAGAACCUUUUUUGUUAAAGGAGAACUAUCAGAGAAAAUGAAGGCCUUGAUCGUAGAGGAGCCAAGUUCUGAGCCUAAAGAAACAAAACCUGCAAAUAUAGUUGCAUUAAAAACAGGAGCUGCAGCCCUCAGGGAUCAAAUUGUUCAGGUUCAGAGAGAGGAUGAGUGGAGAGGGAAGGGUAGAGGAGGUGGAGGAAGGAUGAGUACUGACAAACAUAGAAAACAAUUGGCUGAACUUGAAGCUCAACUAGUUCUAGCCUCUCCUCAUCUUCUUUUCCAGGUUUCCUCGAAAUCCGGGAAAACUUUCUCGUUCUUCCUGAGUUCCGAGUUUGAGAGAUCUCAAUGGGUGGAAACUCUAAAAACUCUUCAGUCUAACCUUCCUCCCAACACCUCACAGGCACACUCGCUAUCCAUGGUUGAACUGCAAACCUGGAUAUCGUCCUGUAGAAAGUUUUUAAAGACGAACAUGGGCAGCUUUCUAAUGAGAUCUGCUAGAGACGAACCACUGCUUAUAGGUGACCUUCAUAUAAAUAUAAAGCAGCUGAGUGGGUUAACUCGUCAUGCAGAUCUAUUUGUGGUGGCAGAAAUAGAUUCAUAUGGACAUUAUUUUAGAAAGGUUAAGACUCGAACCAUGACUGGAACCCUGGAACCUGUUUGGAAUGAAGAGUUUACGGUAGAACUAGAGGGAUCAGAGAACCUUAGACUUCUUGUAUAUCAGGAGGGUGGAGCUGAGGGCGUGGUGCUGCGAGGACGGGCUUGUAUGGAACUAAGCAGAAACUGGAUAAAGACUGAAUAUGCAGAGCAAAGAAUAAGUAUAGGAGAUGUAAUACUGACCUGUGAAAUCAAGUUUGUUGGAUUUGAGGAAACAGUUCGUCGAGUUCCUCAAUCUAAACCAGCAGGACUCUUCAAAACUCCAAUUCAUCAAACUACAAGGAAGGAGAAGAGAGCAGUCCCAUUUAUUAUAACCUCCUGUGUUAGAGAGGUUGAGAGAAGAGGAAUAUCAGAGGUUGGUAUAUAUCGUGUGAGUGGCAGUUCAGCGGACAUGGUUAAGCUAAGGAAGGCCUACGAAUCUAAUCCAUAUGAGGCAGAACAACUCUUAAAGGAAUGUGACAUACACUCUGUGGCUGGUAUAUGUAAGCAGUAUCUACGAGAUCUACCAGAAUGCAUAUUCUCAUCCGAGGUUUAUCUCAAACUUUUCCAGGCCUACAGUAUACCUGAUGAAGAACGAAGAACGAAGGCCUAUCUUCAACUUUUCAGUUUGCUGCCACAAAAUCCAAACCAGGCUUGUAUCGUCUUUCUUAUAGAGCAUCUAGUCAGAGUAUCCCAGAUGGAAUAUCAAAAUAAAAUGUCUCUUCACAACAUGGCGACUGUAUUUGGACCAACAAUGCUGCACGCGGGAUUGGAGCGGGAUAAGAAGGGCGGAGAUCUCCUUGCAACGAGUACAGUUGAUGUCAUGGCACAGUCGGGGAUACUUCAUUUCUUUCUUACACGUAGAGCCAGGGGGGAUCCAAUACAGAUCAACGAUAAAUCAUUGUAGUUGAUCAAGAAGGAUCCUAAACAAAUCAACUAUAAAUCAUUGUAAUUGAUCAAGAAGAGAUCCUAAACAGAUCAACGAUAAAUCAUUGUAGUUGAUCGAGGAGGAUCCAAGAUCAACGAUAAAUAAUUGUUAGUGAUCAAGAAGAGAUUCUUCACAGAUCAACGACAAAUCAUUGUAGUUGAUCAAGAAGAGAUCCUCACAGAUCAUCGAUAAAUCAUCAUUGUAGUUGAUCAAGAAAACAAAUUCUCUGUCCGUGAUCUUUAACAGUUUUCUAAUCAAUGUUUAAUUAUUACUUUCUUCUUUAAUCAACGAUAUUUAUUUCUGCUCAUUGUUGCUAUUUUGUUCGACGAUUUCUACUGAUCUCAAAUACGAUAUUUGCUUUGUCUUCGUUUAAUGUAUUAAAAGCAGUAAAUAUUAUCUUUUCUUAAAGCAAAUUAUGCAUACAUACCCCAGUGAGAAAAAUAAUUCUAGUUUUACCUAUAUCCUUCCCACCACAUCCAACAAAUAUCGAAUAAUUAAAAUCAAUACGAAAUUUAAAACAUUUAUUUGGAAAAUAAGAACAUUAAUAAACUUUAAGUUAGUUCUCUAUUCAACUUUUUUAAACACAGUUACGUCAAGCUGUUUGUGAGAUAUUUCUAACGUUCGGUUCUCUUAUUCUAAAAAAAAAAUACAUAAAGUUAAAAUUUCUUUUGGUUCUGAGAUAUUACGAAAAACAUUUCUUUGGCAUUGAUGGUGUUAUUAAUGUUAAUUUUUAACAGAAUCUGCAAGUCUUUUUGUUUAAAAUAUGUUCUUGCCUGUGCAGUUAAAACUUUUGCUAAAUUUUACAAUAUUAUGAAACAAAACAAUCAAAUUUUUCUACAUUUUUACACUAUAUUUUAAAACAUCUUAAAACUUUUUUAUCUAAACCUAUCGAUAUUACAUAAUUGAUAUAUAGACAAUUUAAGUUUGUGUUUCCACUUUCAUUAUGGUAGAAGCAACAAGACUAAAAUGUUAAACUUCAAAAUAUUAGAUUUAUGUAAUUGAUAUAAUGUACUUUUCAACUUAUGAUGCAUAAAAUAAACAUUUCAGCGUA